AUGAAGUUGAGAGAGACAGAGACUCCAGACUCAGCUAUACCUCAAGUCACGUGCACACGCGUCACUGUCGCGCUUCUGACAUCACAGCCUUCUCCCUUUGCAACACCUCACCUUUCAACUGCCAAAAUGACCUCCAGAAAGCGUGCCUCUGAGUCCAGCCCCGGGCCUGAAUCCAAGAAGGCCAAAGUCAGCGGCCAAACCGACUCAAAUGGAGAUCGCUACUGGGAACUAUCCAAGAUGCGCCGGGUGACCAUUUCCUCUUUCCGGGGUAAAACCCAGGUGAAUAUCCGAGAGUACUAUGAAAAGGAUGGACAGCAGCUACCGGGCAAGAAAGGCAUCUCGAUGCCAAUAGAUCAAUUCUCUGCCCUGGUCUCUUUGCUCCCCGAGAUUGAAGGGGUGCUGAAGCAAAGUGGAGAAACCAUACCACGACCAUCCUAUUCAGGAGAAAGCCCAUCUGGUCAUGAGGAAUCGGGCAAUCAGAGCCCAACCAAGCAAAACAUUGACGCCACAAGCGACGAGGACGAGGGUGAAGAGUGA